GCACCAAGAUGUUUCGGUACCAGACGUUUCGGCACUUACUUUAAGAUGUUUCGGCACCAACAAUUAUUUUUUAUUUGGCACUGAUUUAUAAUUGAUUUAAUAAUACAUUAUUUUAUUUUAAUCUGAAUUUUAUAUUAUACAUUUAUUUGCUAUUAUAUACAAACUUUGAAUAAUUGAAAAUCUUUUGGGGGUGUGUGUAUAACAAAGCAAUUUAAAUGGGCCCUCCAUUGAAUGUGUAAAUUGUAAAAACAACAACAUCCAUAUCCUUCUCCCUAUUCUGUGACUAGGUGCUAAUUAGGAGGAGAUAAUGAAGAGCCCCUGGUACACAAUGAGGGCUUCACAUCUCCCCUGGUACACAAUGAGGGCUUCACAUCUCAUUUCUGAAGAGAUUCUUGAAGAGAAAACCAACGAUGUCAGACAAAUGCAUUGCAUGCAAUAAGAUUGUUCGCCCCAGACAAGAGGCCAUACAGUGUGAUGGAUGUGAACUAUGGCAACACAGAACAUGUAAUACUGGAAUCAGCCGUGACCAGUAUAGACGAAUAGGGAAACAGCAAGAAGACCUCCAGUGGGUUUGCACCCGGUGCUUGGAAACUCCUACUGAUACAGAAGAGUUUGUAGCUGCAGCUGAUGCCACAUUUCACGUGUCUUUAGCCUCCCUUGGUUCAUCAGUUGCUGAACCCGAUGAUGAAGAUGAACAGGAGGAUGAAUCUACACCUGUAGCUGCAGCUGAUGCCACAUUUCACGUGUCUUUAGCCUCCCUUGGUUCAUCGGUUGCUGAACCCGAUGAUGAAGAUGAACAGGAGGAUGAAUCUAUGCCUGUAGCUGCAGCUGAUGCCACAUUUCACGUGUCUAUAGCCUCCCUUGGUUCAUCAGUUGCUGAACCCGAUGAUGAAGAUGAACAGGAGGAUGAAUCUAUGUUUGCACCUGAUGAUCAGUCAUUUAAUGCUGAUGGCUCUUAUGCAAUACCAGACCCAGUUCAGGAAAUGUCCAUCCAAGAAGAUGCCAUUGAGGAUAUACCUCAGCAAACUGAAGAUCCUCGGCCGGAGUACCAGAUGAUUGACUGUGGUACCAAACGAGGGAAGCAGAAACUUAUAGACAAAAGGGGAUUCCAGUACACAUUGAGGAGGACAAAAGGAGAUAACUAUGCAUACUGGAGGUGCAACAAGAGAGGGAAGACUCAACCCUGUCCAGCCACAGUAAUUCAGCGGGGAGAUGACUUCAAUGAGGGAGGGAAGAAACACAACCAUCCGGCAGAGCCAGGAAUUCAUCUAGCUGUGCAAAUAACAAGCAAGGUAAAGCAGAGUGCAUCUAUGAAUAUCUUCACUCAGUCAGCCCCAAGGAUUGUAGAGGAGGCGAUGGCAGAGACAGGUGAUAUUGAUGCUCCUCCUGCCAGCAGACCAAAACCAUCCAACCUGAUCAGGAUUGUAAACAGAGCAAGACUCAACAUGAGACCCAAGGAUCCAAGAGAUUUGAAUUUUGAGCUUGAUCGAGACUUUUUGGAAAGUCAGAUGCCAGCCUUCCAAACCUUGGAUGUCUAUGCAUCUGGAUAUCGCCACCUCCUGAUGUAUACCCAACAUCAGUUGGACCUCUUAUCACAAGCCAGGACAUGGUACAUGGAUGCAACGUUCCAUGUGGUCAAUAAUUCUUGGACUCAACUGUUUACCAUUCACAGCUUCAUCAGGAGUGGGCAACACAUGAAGCAAGUGCCUUUGGUAUUUUGCUUCAUGUCAAGAAAGAGGAAGGAGGAUUAUUAUGAAAUUCUCCGGGCCAUUGACCGACUCCUUCCUCGACAGAUUUCCCUGCAGGGGUUUGUUGUGGAUUUUGAAUCAGCCAUGUGGCGGGCCAUCCAGGAUCGAUUUCCAUGGGCUGUGAUACAAGGAUGUGUCUUCCAUUGGACACAGGCCUUGUAUCGCAAAGUCCAAGAGUUAGGACUACAGAGAGCUUACAACGAAAAAGGAGAUGUACAUCGUUUUGUGAGGCAGGUCAUGGCCCUACCAUUCCUCCCUCCAGAACACAUUGAGCCAGUCUUUCAUCAGCUGGAUCAACGAGUUAGAACUGACACCAUGGAUGAAUUCAUGGGAUAUGUUUGGAGGCAGUGGUUUAAUAAUUCAAUAUUUCAUGUGAAGAACUGGAGUGUAUUUAUGGCCUCUGUGAGAACAAACAACGAUCUAGAAGGUUGGCACAACCGAAUCAACUCCAGAAUGAACUCCAGAGGACGAGUCCCAUUUUACCUCCUAUUACAAGAACUGUGCAAGGAGGCCACUGCCAUCCCCAUGCAGGCCAGGCUGCUGACAGAAGGAAAGAUGGAGAGACUACACAGGAAACAUUCCUCCAGACUCAAUGGCAAACUCUUCAAACUUUGGGAGGAAUACAAUUGCAGACAGAUCAGCACCACCCAGCUGCUGAGAAAGUGCUCAUACUUAUAUGGACCUGUUGACAUUUGAUGUGUUGUGUUAAGUGUUAAUUCAGCGGUGUUGGGGAAAAUGUUAUUUAUUUGAUUGAUUGAAACUGUAUAAUGGUAAACGUUUGUUUGACAUAAGUAAUGCUAAAUAAACCACAUUUAAAAAUG